UUCUGCCAGUUAAAGCAGGCUCUCAUUGAAGCACCCGCCUUAGGACUACCGGACAUGAGUGAGCCUUUUUCCCUUUUUGUGCAUGACCGAGGUGGGGUAGCCGUGGGAGUCUUAACACAGAAAUUGGGUAGCUGGCAACGACCAGUGGCAUAUUUUUCAAAAAAAUUAGACUUUGUGUCAUGUGGAUGGCCUGCUUGUCUCCGGGCUGUUGCUGCUACCUGUCUGCUAAUACAAGAAGCUGAAAAAUUAACCCUAGGCCAUGAAAUGAUUGUAUAUAUUCCUCAUGCAGUACUUACAGUCUUGGAACAGAAAGGAGGGAACUGGUUAACUCCAGGACGAAUGGCUCGAUAUCAGGCCAUCCUCCUAGAUAAGCCUGAAAUAAAAUUAGCCAUUUCUUGCAAUGUAAAUCCAGCAACACUGUUGCCAUCUAUGGGUGACACACCAGAUCUUGUGCAUGACUGUUUGCAAACAUUGGAAACUGUUUAUUCUUCAAGACCAAAUUUGAGAGACAGACCUCUUGAAAAAGCUGACCUGGAGUUCUACACUGAUGGCAGCUCGAGUAUAGAGAAUGGAAUUCGAAAAUCUGGAUACGCUAUCGUGACUACACAGAAUGUGAUAGAAGCAGGACCUUUAAACCCAUCUGUUUCAGCUCAAAAGGCUGAACUCAUUGCUAUGACUCGGGCUUUGCAAUUGGCAGCCAACAAAACUGUCAAUAUUUAUACUGACUCUAAAUAUGUUUUCCUUGUUUUACAUGCUCACGGAGCGCUAUAG